AGCUUUGAAGGCUCAAGUCGACCCCCCAGGGGACCGCCUCUCGUCCGAGAGAUGCUGUCCACUCUGCGCCAGGCAUCGGUUCGCCCGCUUGCGGGCAUCAGGAGCUUUGCAGCCGCCAAGGACAUCCGCCAUGGGAGUGAGGCAAGGGCGCUGAUGCUGGAAGGCUGCAACCGCCUGGCGGACGCGGUGGCAGUGACUAUGGGCCCAAAGGGGCGCAACGUCGUCAUCGAGCAGUCCUUCGGGGCGCCCAAGGUGACGAAGGACGGGGUCACAGUAGCCAAGUCCAUCGACUUGAAGUCCACUCCCAUGAUCAACGUGGGCGCGCAGCUCGUGAAGACGGUGGCCAGCAAGACCAACGACGUGGCCGGUGACGGCACGACCACCGCGACGGUGCUGGCACGCGCCAUCUUCCGGGAGGGAUGCAAGGCGGUGGCGGCCGGGAUGAACCCGAUGGACAUCAAGCGCGGCAUGGAUCAUGCCACCAAGAUCGUGCAGAAGGACUUGGCGGACCAGGCCACGAUGAUCGAGACGCCGGACAAGAUCAAGAGCGUGGCCACCAUCGCCGCCAACGGGGACGAGCAGAUCGGCCGGCUCAUCACCGAGGCCUUCGAGAAGGUGGGCAAGGACGGCACCAUCACGGUGUCAGAUGGAAAGACCAUGGACCACGAGCUGGAGGUGGUGGAGGGCAUGCAGCUGGACCGAGGGUACAUCUCCCCAUACUUCAUCACAAACGUGAAGGCACAGAAAGUGGAGAUGGAGAACCCGUUGGUGCUGAUUUUUGACAAGAAGAUCUCCUCCGUGCAGGCCAUCCUUCCUGUGCUGGAGCAGGUGGCCAAGGCCAGCAAGCCCCUGCUGCUCAUCGCCGAGGACGUGGAUGGCGAGGCUCUCUCAAUGCUCAUUGUGAACAAGCUGAGGGGCGGCCUCAAGGUUGCAGCCAUCAAAGCGCCCGGCUUUGGCGACAACCGAAAAGCCAUCCUCCAGGACCUCGCGGUGCUCACAGGCGCGGAGCUCAUCACUGAAGAGCUCGGCGGAAAGCUGGAGGAGGCGACCUUGGCCCAGUUGGGCAGCGCCAAAACCAUCUCCAUCGACAAGGAUAGCACAGUCAUCCUGGAUGGCACCGGCGAGAAGCUCAAGAUUGAGGAGCGAUGCGAGAGCAUCAGGGACGGCAUUGAGGCAUCCACUUCGGAGUACGAGAAGGACAAGAUGAAGGAGCGCCUCGCCAAGUUGAGCGGAGGAGUGGCAGUCAUCAAGGUUGGCGGUGCUAGCGAGGUGGAGGUGAAUGAGACCAAGGACCGUCUGAACGACGCGCUGAACGCCACCAAGGCCGCGCUUGAGGAGGGCAUCGUGCCCGGCGGAGGCACCGCCUUGCUCUAUGCCACCACAAAACUGGAGGGAGUGAAGCUGGACAGCCUGGACCAGCAGGUUGGUGUGGACGCCAUUAAGGCCGCCCUGAAGCAGCCCUGCAUCCAGAUCGCCCAGAAUGCUGGUGAGGAGGGCGCAGUGGUCGUGCAGACAUUGACCAAGGAGAAGAACCUCUCCAAGGGCUUCAAUGCACAGACAGGUCAGUACGUGGACAUGAUCGAGGAGGGGAUCAUCGACCCCACGAAGGUGGUGCGCACCGCGCUGGCGGACGCCGUGUCCGUGGCCUCUUUGAUGACCACCACGGAGGCCAUCAUCGCUGAGGAGGUGGAGGAGAAAGCCGGAGAGCGGCUUUCUCCAUACCAGCAGGCUGGAAUGCGGCAGGAUGCCAUGGGCGGAUUUUGAGCCACCGAGCCCGCGCCUAGCGUAGCGUAUGCGGCGAGCAUUCUUUGCCAGGCCGCGCAUGUUGGUUCCAAUUUUGAGCUGUUUGCAUUAGAAGCCUGCAGCCACCGUCAAGCUGGCAACGUUAAUGUGCGCGGUGGCAGCCGCCUUUUAGCUUUUGGGCCUUUUCCGUAGCUGGCCGGGCCGGGACGGGUGGCGAGGGUUUCGCAGGGGGCCCUCGCCCGCUCCCGCGCUUUUUGAGCUGGUCACGUAAGCCGCUGUUUGGCGCAACGCCUGAGAGCCACGCCAUUGGUGAGGGCCAAGGCUACGGAGACAAAGACCUUUCCAUCUUUUGUUCGAGAAAAAAA